GUGGAGCAGAGCAACUCUCUUAUCUCUCAUCUCCACGCAACUCAAACUCCAAAAGAGGGAAUAAAAAGGAAAAUGUUUAUUUAUUUGUAGAUCAGAAAGAGAGUCAAAGCAAAGUUAGGAACUUUUGGUGGCAUUGGCUCUAAUUAAGCUAGCCACAAUGUUGAUAGCUGCUGCUCCUGCUUCCUCUUCUCUCUGCUUCACCCAAAACAGGAGAAGAUAUAGCUGCAGAGCUGAAGCAAUCCCUUCUCCUUCUCAAUCUCAUGAUCAGAGCAAGGAGGAGGAGAAGAAGAAGGUGGUUGUUGUGGGCUCUGGAUGGGCCGGGCUCGCCUCUGCUCAUCAUCUCUCCAAGCAGGGAUUUGAUGUUACUGUUCUAGAACCUGAGAGCUGCCCUGCUCCAGAGGUUGGCAUCAGAGGUUUCUGGUCCCCUUAUCGUAAUGUUUUCUCUGUUGUUGAUGAACUCAGACUCCAACCUUUCACGAAAAAGACUGGAUCAGCUCUUUACACCUCAGAGGGGCUCGAGGUGGAGUUCCCUGUAUUUCAAGAUCUCCCUCGACUACCAACUCCAUUUGGAGCUCUCUUAUAUCCUCAGUUUCUUCGUCUCCCGUUGGUGGAUCGUUUGACAUCAAUUCCUCUUAUUGCUCCAGUGAUCGACUUUGACAACACUGAUAUUGCUUGGACAAAAUACGAUGCAAUGACGGCAAGGGAACUGUUUAAGCUAUUUGGAUGCUCGGAAAAACUUUACUAUGAAGCUUUUAAGCCAUUAAUUCAUGCCGGUUUAUUUGCUCCUCCAGAGCAGUGCAGUGCAGCUGCAACCUUGGGAAUGCUUUACUAUUACAUCCUUGCCCAUCAGCAAAAUUUUGAUGUUUUAUGGUGUCGAGGGACAGUUCAGGAGAAAAUAUUUAUCCCCUGGACCGACUCUAUGAAAGAAAAAGGCUGCAAAUUUCUUGAAGAUAAAAGAGUGACAGAUUUCAUCUUCGAUGAAGAUCGUGGAUGCAUUUCAGGAGUUGUCGUCGGACAGGAGAAGUAUGAAGCUGAUGCAGUUGUUCUAGCUGUCGGAAUUUCUAGUCUUCAGUCAACUAUCAAGAGCAGUUCUUUGCUACAGUCACGGCAGGAAUUCUUGAACGCCCUAGACUUAGCUGCCAUUGAUGUGGUCUCUGUUAAAGUAUGGUUGGAUAGAAAAGUUAAACUUCCAAAGCCAACUAAUGUGUGCUCUGCUAUCGAUUCAAUUGGAUGGACUUUCUUCGAGUUGAACUCGAUUUAUGAUGAAUAUGAAGAUGAACCUACAACAGUUUUAGAGGCCGAGUUUUACUUUGCCAAUCAGCUGUUGCCACUAAGAGAUGAACAGAUUGCAGUGAAACUAAUGUCUAACCUUUCAAGAUGCAUAAAAGAAUUUAAAGAAGCUAAAGUUUUACAGCAAACUGUUGUUAGGUUACCUAACUCUGCAACCCACUUCUUUCCAGGUUCCUAUAAGUACAUGAUGAGAGGAUCAACAAGCUUCCCAAACUUGUUUAUGGCAGGCGAUUGGAUAGUUAAUCGCCACGGCUCCUGGUCACAAGAGAAAGCAUAUGUGACUGGUCUUGAAGCUGCUAACAGGGUGGUUGACUAUCUCGGUGAGGGGGAAUUUGCCAGAAUAAUACCAGUGGAGGCAGAUGAACCUCAUAUUGAAGCAUUUAGGGAGCUCAAUAGAAGGAUCAGUGAAUAUAGAUCUCAACUUCCCCUCUCAAACUUUUUUCUUAACUGAAGUAGAAUCCUUGUUAUCGCUCAUCAUAAAAAAUCAAGAUCAUUGCUUGAAAUCCACCUAGAGAAGUUUGGAAUUUGAUUCCACAAUGUCUUUGUUGACUACUGUAUAGAUAAGUUAAUGUAUUAGAAGGGAUGAUACACGCGAAUUAUACUGGAAACUCAACCAAUUUAUACAAUGAAUAUAUAAUUCCCUAUAUAUCA